AUGUCAGCCUCAAAGGCACUCGCGAGCAGGAGGAUUCAGGACUAUCGAUAUUUUGUCGUAUACCAAACAAACUGGAACGACAACGACCAGUAUAGCCACCUGAACAACUCGGUCUACAACUUUCUCUUCGACACUGUUAUCAACAAAUACCUCGUCGAACACGCCGGAAUCGAUCCGUCACCGGUGCGGGAGGGCAAACGAGGCGAGAGUCCCAUUGGACUCGUCGUAGAAUCUCACGCCGCUUUUUUCCGAUCCCUCGGAUUCCCAAAUCGACUCUUAUUGGCCAUGAAGGUGGUAAAGAUUGGCCAAAGUAGCGUACAAUACGAAGUUGGCAUCUUCGGACCGCUCAAAGCUGCCGCCUCUGGAUUCGACAGGACUUCAAACCUAGUAAUAGAUCCGAGGGAUGCGGAAGUCUGGGCGGAUAGUCUAGACGAGCAGACGGUCGCCGUCGUAGGAGGGUUUACCCACGUCUUUGUGGACAAGGAGAAGAGAAAGUCACUCAAGCAGCUGCCGGAGAGCUUACGAGCAGCAUUGGACCGACUGGUUGUUCAGCCGAGUCGGCAGGAAGCGCGACUGUAG